GCUGGCGAAGGGGCCGGCAGGCCGGGGACGCCCUGGGGUCUGGCCGCUACCUCAUCCGACCUCGGAGCCGUCCGACGGGGACGAGCGCGUCAAAGGUCACUGGGCUCUGCGGUCGCGAUCAGGAUGUUCGGAGCCGGCCCAGGUCCCAGUCGCGACCCCCGACUCAAAUCCCCAGCUCCAGCGGUGACUCAAACUCAACCCUGGCCCAUAUUAUACCUGAAGGGCCCCUCGAUUUGCCUCAUCUGAAAAAUUGGACCUGUAAGCCCCUACCUCACAACCCCAGAAAGUCCUGUCUCCUUCAUCCACUCUUUACAGGUAAGGAAAUACAAGCUCAGGGAAGCUCAGACACUGGCCACAGUCACCCAGCGAGUGAGAAGUAAAGUUGGGAUUCAAGCCCAGGGAACUGUGACCCCAAAGCUUGGGGAGAACAGACCGUGGGAGUCAAGGGCAGAGCCAGGAGACCAGAGGGAGGCAACUGCCCUGGUCCAGAUUGGCCACACUGAGGGCAAGGACCAGUAGCCGGGUCCCAAGAUGGGUGAAAGGAAAGGUGUAAACAAGUACUACCCUCCAGAUUUCAACCCUGAAAAGCAUGGCUCUCUCAACCGAUACCACCACAGCCACCCGCUCCGGGAGCGGGCUCGGAAGCUGUCCCAGGGCAUCCUCAUCAUCAGAUUUGAGAUGCCGUAUAACAUCUGGUGUGACGGCUGCAAGAACCACAUUGGCAUGGGUGGCGUCUCCACCAGGGUUCCCAAUCAGGAGUCAGGGAGGAGAUGGCGCCCAAGUGACUGGCAAGCUGUGGACACCUCAUUGCAGAGCGGUGUUCGUUACAAUGCAGAAAAGAAGAAGGUUGGCAAUUACUACACGACCCCGAUAUACAGGUUCCGGAUGAAAUGCCACCUCUGUGUGAACUACAUCGAGAUGCAGACGGAUCCUGCCAAUUGCGACUAUGUGAUUGUGAGUGGUGCCCAGCGCAAGGAGGAGCGCUGGGACAUGGCAGAUAAUGAGCAGGUGCUGACGACAGAGCAUGAGAAGAAGCAGAAGCUGGAGACGGACGCCAUGUUUCGCCUGGAACAUGGCGAGGCCGACCGGAGCACGCUCAAGAAGGCUCUCCCCACCCUGAGCCACAUCCAGGAGGCCCAGAGCGCCUGGAAGGAUGACUUCGCCCUCAACAGCAUGCUGCGGAAAAGGUUCCGGGAAAAGAAAAAAGCCCUGCAGGAGGAGGAGGAGAGGGACCAGGCCCUGCAAGCUAAGGCGAGCCUGGCCAUCCCACUGGUGCCUGAGACAGAGGAUGACCGCAGGCUGGCCGCCCUGCUCAAGUUCCACACCCUGGACUCAUACGAGGACAAGCAGAAACUCAAGCGGACAGAGAUCAUCAGCCGCUCCUGGUUCCCCUCUGCCUCAGGACCUGGCAGCGGCAGCGGCAGUGGCAGCAGCAAAGCUGGCGGUGUCCUGAAGAAGCUGGCCCAGAACCGCAGAUCUGCCACUGCCAGCGGCCCCAUCUCUGUGGGGGAUCUGGGCAUCGUGCGAAGGCAGUCCCGAGAGAUUUCAGAGAGCCCCCAGCAUGCGGCCGAGUCUGGGGAGCCACGGGUGUUAGACGGCACCACCCAGGACAGGCCCACAUCCCCGCAAGACUGCUUGCAGGAGAUAGCCAAGACCCCCAAGAGCAGUGCGCCUCAGGAGCAGGAUGGGAGCUGUCAGGACAGGCCCCGGUCUCCAGCAGGCUCCUCGCAGGAGAUAUCUGUUCCCCAGGACAUGCCACACCCCUGCACCUUCAGCUCCUCCCUCGUGGCUGACUACUCAGACUCAGAGAGUGAGUGAGCGAUUCCAGGGACUGGACCCCCUCCAGGAAGCCCCUCACAGACUGCGGUCCCCCUCACCCACCAGCCCUCAGAGCUCAGACGCCGCCCCCUCCCCAGACCUUGCCUUCCCACAGUGACGGAGUUGUUAUUUAUUUGGUCCCAAAGAGGUUGUAUGUACCUUGUAGGACCCCCCAAAUUAAAGCCUGCUUCUUUG